AUGUCGGUCUCACCGUCCAAUCCAGUUUUUAUUGACAGAAAGAAAAAGAAAAAAAAUGAGGCAAAGAUUUCAUCAGAGGACACUGAGAUCACGGUCAUGUCCAACCCAGACUCAGAGUAUUUUGUGGUCACAGGUUACACCUGCGCUCUGCAGAAGGACAUCCUCUACCAGGGACGGAUGUUCGUCUCAGACCACUGGAUCUGCUUCCACUCAAAGGUGUUUGGCAAGGACACAAAGGAUCGCGGGCAGUGGGCCAACAAACUGGAGUUCCUGCUGGCUGUGGCUGGAACUCUGGUGGGACUCGGAAACCUCUGGAGGUUCCCCUAUCUGUGCUUCAAGAAUGGAGGAGGUGCGUUCCUCGUCCCUUACGUCCUGUUCCUGCUGGCCUGUGGAAUCCCGAUGUUCCUGGUGGAGACGGCCAUGGGUCAGUUCACGUCCCAGGGCUGCAUCACCUGCUGGAGGCACUUCUGCCCUUUGUUUGAAGGAAUCGGUUACGCCACCCAGGUGGUGAUCGCGUACGCCGCCGUGUCGUACAUCGUCAUCCAGGCCUGGGCCUUCUUCUACCUCUUCUCAUCCUUCACGGCUGAGGUUCCGUGGGCCACCUGCAGGAACACCUGGAACACAGAAUCCUGUGUUGAAUUCGACAAAACAAACAUUUCCUCCAACUGGACAGCAAACGCCACGACACCUGCCACAGAAUUCUGGGAGGGACGAGUGCUGGGUAUAUCUGCGGGCAUUGAGGAAGUUGGUAGCCUGAGGUGGGAGUUGGCCCUGUGUCUGUUGCUGGCCUGGAUCCUCUGCUACUUCUGUGUUUGGAAAGGAGUCAGAUCCACUGGAAAGGUGGUGUACUUCACAGCCACCUUCCCGUAUCUGAUGCUGCUGGUGUUGCUGGUCCGUGGACUCACUCUCCCAGGAGCCAAGGACGGCCUAGCCUUCUACCUGUACCCAGACCCCACCAGGUUGGUGGAUCCUCAGGUUUGGAUGGAUGCAGGGUCACAAGUUCUUUUCUCUUAUGGGAUUUGUCAGGGGAGUUUGACUGCUCUGGGUAGUUACAAUCAGUAUAACAAUGAUUGUUACAAGGACACUUUUGUCCUUUGUCUGGUGAAUGGCAUGUCCAGCUUUGUUGCAGGGUUCGCGAUCUUUUCCGUUCUGGGCUUUAUGUCCUACGAACAAGGGCUGCCGAUAUCUGAAGUGGCCGCCUCUGGACCUGGUCUGGCAUUUAUUGCGUAUCCCCGUGCAGUAGCUAUGAUGCCUUUCCCUCAGUUAUGGUCCAUCUGCUUCUUCGUCAUGGUCAUCCUGUUGGGGGCAGACACACAGUUUGUUAGCCUGGAGUGUCUGAUGACGUCGGUGACCGACAUGUUUCCCACCGUUUUCCGAAGAGCCUAUCGUCGGGAGCUGCUGCUGCUCUGUCUCUGCUCCGUCUGCUUCUUCCUCGGCCUCCUCCUGGUCACAGAGGGUGGCCUGUACUUCCUGCAGCUCUUCGACCACUACGUGUGCAGUGGGAACAACCUGCUGCUGCUGUCGGUGUGUCAGUCCGUAGCCAUCGGCUGGAUUUAUGGUCAGUUGUUUCGAGAAAUAGAACACAUUUUCUUCAAAGUGAGCGUCAUCAUUAAAACACACGUUGUUCUUCUUUUUUUUUUCUUUUUUUUUUCUCAGGGCACCUUCGUCUUUUCAGUUGCCCGCUACAAACCCCUCAAGUUCAACAAGACCUACUUCUACCCGACCUGGGCCUACGCUCUGGGCUGGUCCCUGGGACUGUUCUGUGUCCUGCUGGUUCCUCUGUGGAUGAUCUUUAAAGUUUCACAAAUGAAAGGAACGAUAUUGGAGAACCUUCAGGAGCUUUGUCUUCCACAGGGCCAGAAAUGCAAACCCGAAAAGAAAUCGGAGCAGUUUCCUCUGAACCCGGACGCCGUCCUUCCUCCUCCGUACAAGGGAAGUAGUGACUGUGAGGCCGACGUGCAGGUGUGAACACAGGCACUGAACCCUUGUCAGGUUUCAAAUAUUUCUCGGUUUUAUUUUUCUUUUUUUAUUUUUUUUUCCAGUCUCGGUUUUACAAACUAUGCAUUUUGUAGGUGUAACGAAGAGCAAUAAACUCUGCAGAACUCACUAAACCAGAUCUGCGCCGUCAGUCCGGCGUCACGUGAAACAACACGACGCGUUUGAUGGUUUGUUUGUUUUUUUUUUGUCAUUUUAAGCAAAUCUUUUAUGAUUAAAUUAAAUCACUAUUUUUAUAUGUCAGUAUUCUACCUCUGUAGGGGAUAAGGAUGCUCUUCCUCACGUCUGUCUCCAGCCCCAGGUCACAUGACCAGCUCCGUGUGCCUUCUGUCCUUUAUUACAUCAUUAACACUCCUGUCACUCUUUCUCGCCCUCCGCUCACCACCGUCUUCUCACAGACUCCGUCAUUCCCUAAAAAUAAAAUGGGAAUUUAGAGCAUAAUUACAACAAUCAGUAAACACAGUAAACCAUAUUUCCCGGCUGUUUACUUCCGGCUCAUUCUUCUUUUUUUUUUUUUUUUUUUUAAUUUUUAAA